AUGAGCUCCGGUUUCUGUGGCCAUUUUUUUUGUAGAGCAUGUUGGGCAGCUUAUGUAAGCGAAUCGAUUGGCAAAGAUGGUGUUGGAUGUUUGUCUCUAAAAUGUCCUCAUCUGCGCUGUGGCGCUGCUGUUGGCGAAGAUUUGGUCCUCUCUGUGUUGGCAACCAAAGGCAAUGGUGAUGCCGAUAAGGCUAAGUAUUCGCGGUACCUUCUGAGGUCUUAUGUGGAAGAUAGUAACGGGAAGAGAAAGUGGUGCCCUGCUCCCGGUUGCAACUGUGCUGUAGACUUUAUUGGUGGCUACGGAACUUGUGAUGUUUCAUGCCUCUGCUCUUACAGAUUUUGUUCAAAUUAUAACGAGGAAGGUCUGAGUCCCGUGAACUGCGAUAUUGUGGCAAAGUGGAUGAUGUUGAAGAACAAAGAUGAGUUGGAAAAUAUAGAAUGCAUUGAUAAUAUAGAUUGGAUUACUGAAAACACACAGCCGCGUCCAAAGUGCGAGCGAAAUAUCAAAAAAGACCGAGGAUGUAACCAAGUUUCGUGA